CUCUGUCGGAGAGGUGGCGGCCGAUGCGGCCAUCAGCGCGGUCCGUCGCCAGCACAAGGAUCUCCACCGCGUACGCACGCCGAACAUUCGUUGAGCUCGAGCGCCGCCGCCGUGGUGUCUCAUCGUCAUGCCGUGGCAGCAUCUUUCAAGCGCUCGCGGCGGACGGCUCCCUCUGUGGCUUCGCCGAUGUCUCGCCCGCAGAGAGAUGCAGCGAGAGAACAUAUUCGGGGUCAGGUGGCACUGUCGCCGAUCUAUUGCCCGGCUCGCGACUCCUCUUUGAGAACGCCCGCACAGCGGUCGUCAGCCUGGAGAUGAGCGGCCUGGAGACCAAGCGCCUGCUGACGCACGCCGACGCUCUCCACGGCAUCGACCAUCUCCUUCUCUACUGGGGCGGCCCCGCCGAGAUCGUCGGCCGCCGGUCGGAGGCACUGCCGGGCGGCGCACCGGUGGCGGUGUGGAAUCCAUUCGGCGCGGGCGCUGGCUGUGUCGGCGUGCAUGCAGCAGCCGCCGAUGCCGCCGGCACGCUCGAGGCUCACAUUGUCGUGUGCAAGCCGUACUCGGGAACGGGCAGCGGGCCGCUCGGCGGCUGGCCUCCCCUUCCUUCAUCCGUCUCAUGUGCAUACAUUCCGGACUCGGAGGAGGAUCCGCCUCGGCCGCGGCCGUGGACAGUCACGACCGACAUCGCGAACGAGGUGCUGCUCGAAAACGACCUCGUGCGCGUGUGGCGCUUCGAGCUGCCGGCCGGCUACAGCCGCUGCCACGCCCACCAGCACGUCUACCCCUACUUUUUCCUCAACCUGCACGACGCGGAGACACGACGCCUCGAGUGGCGCGGCGGGCAGACGCCGCCGCCGGCCGCCCUCGCCCCGCGCUGCCCGCCGAACACGGCGCCCGCGCGCAAGGUCUUCUGGCUCGAUACCCUCGACGGCGGCGAGCGCUCCUCGCACUUCCACGGGCUCGAGAACAGCUCGAAGUCCAGACUCUUCCGCCAGUUCAUCGUCGAGUUCAAGGCGGCCGCUGUUGCACGACCUGCGACGCGACAGGCGACGACCCGGCGCGACCCGACUCUCGUCUACUUGCCUGGGCUGCACGGCGGCGGCUCGCAGUUCCUGCCGCUCGUCGCGCGCGAGGUGGGCUGGGCGGCGCCGUGCGCCGACGCGACGGCGCACACGCGGUCGCACGAUUCGGUGGAGGCCGCCGCCGAGGCGUUGCACGCUGCGCAUGCCGGCGAGGAGGUGCCGCCGGCAGCCGAGGCGACGCACGCGGCGGAGGGGGACGCAUCGGCGGUGACGUGUCCAGGAUCGUCCCGUCAGGUGGUGCUGGUGGGGCACUCGUACGGCGGUAUGGUCGCGCUCGCGGCCGCGCGGCGGUGGCUCGACACGCCGGAGGCCGGCCCGCAGCUCCGCGGCCUUGUGCUGCUCAGCACGAGCGCUUCGGCGCAGAGCGGCAGCGGCAAGGCGGCGAUGGCGAGGCGGGCCGCCAUCGCGACGUCUGAGGGGCUGAUGGCGGAGGCGACGGCCUCUUCCGGAGGGCCGCUUCCUCCGUGGCAAAGCCUGCCGCCGGGCGCGUCGGCGUCGAUCCGCGCCGCGCGCGAGGCCAACGCCGCCGCCGCCGGCCUCGACGGCUUCCUCAGGCAGCUGCAGGCCCUCGACAGGCGCCCCUGCCAGCACGAGACGCUCCGCCGCCUCGCGAGCGGCGGAGUGCCGAUCCUCAUCGUCCACGGGGCCGAAGACGAGCUGGUGCCGCUCUCCGAGGCGCAGCGGAGCCUCGCGUCGCUCGGCGGUGCGCCCACCGCGGAGAUGCGCGUCCUUCAGAGGACGGGCCACCUUGCCCUGGUCGAGCGGCCGCACGAGGUUGCAGGCGCCAUCCGCACUUGGUGGCGCAAGGUCAGAACGGGGCAGAGAACCGAGGCGGCGCAGAUGCGCGCAGCAACUGCUGCGCGCACGGCCACCGGCGCCUCUGCCCGCGCUUUCCACUCCCCAGCGGCGCGAAACCUGUCCUCCGACGAAGCGGCCGUUUGCGCGGGUAGCAUCGUUGUGCCAUUGAGCUAUUGCGCGAGGCCGCCGAGCGGGCAGCAGUUGGGGCUGCAGGCGGACAGGGUGGAGGAUCCUGGCCUGCCGACCUUCUCCUUCAUGCGCCAGCACGGCCGGUGGCCGCUCGCGCGCGAGCCGCAGGUGGAGCCGGAGCGCUUCUCGGAGGUGGCCGUGGUGCCGUCGGAGCAGGUCGUGCACAACGCGCGGGCGGCGACGCCCCCGCCAUCGCUCGCGUCGCUCGGCUUCGAGGUGUGCUUCUCGCCGCCGCUACCGGACGGCCGCGUUGAUGACGACGCGUACGUGGAGGAGCACUAUUACCCGCACCUCGUCGACGUCAUCAAGCAGGCGACGGGCGCCACGCUCGUCUUUCCGUACGACCACGCGGGGAAGCCAGCCGGCCACGGCCCGCCGGCGUUCCUCGUGCACACCGACUCGUCGGACCGCUCGUGGCAGUGGCGGGUCGACGAGAUUCUGGCGAUCGAGGGCGCGUGGGCGAGCAUGGGCCCGGCCACCAUCGACGAGGGCUUCGCGCGUGAGCAUCUGAGCGGCGGCCGGCGCUGGGCAGUCAUCAACGCGUGGCGGCAUGCCGCGCCGGGCGAGGGCGCGCUGCAGAGCACGCCGCUCGCGCUGCUCGACGACGCGACGGUCGCCUGGGGCUCGGACGAGGUGAUGUCCUACCCAAUCACAAACGGAGGGCACGUCGCCUUCAACUAUACGUUGCGGCACUCGGCCGCGCAUCGGUGGUUUUACUACCCGGCGCUGCGCAAGGAUGAGCUCCUCCUCUUCAAAGCUUUCGGCUCGGCCGAGGGCGGCGAGCGCCCCUUUCGUGAGGAUGCGUCCCACCCAUGA